CGACGUCGUCAAUCGCGGUUGUUAAUAGUCCAUAAGCUGUUACGUUUUGCUUUCAUAACGCGUUUUGAAUUUGAUUUCAUUGAAUUCAGAACCUGCCAGAGUUAGUUUCGCCUUCGUCGAGAUGGCUACGACGACGAAGAAGAAGACGAGUUCACUGUGGUCGCUUUCGCUUUCCGACGUGAACGAAUGCGACGAUUCAUCGAACUGUGAUCGAGUAAAUGGAGGGUGUUUGAACACAGAUGGCUCUUACAGCUGUACAUGUAACUCUGGAUAUGAAGAAGACACGACCGAUCCCAAUGCUUGCAGUGACGUGAACGAAUGCGACGAUUCAUCGAACUGUGAUCGAGUAAAUGGAGGGUGUUUGAACACAGAUGGCUCUUACAGCUGUACAUGUAACUCUGGAUAUGAAGAAGACACGACCGAUCCCAAUGCUUGCAGUGACGUGAACGAAUGCGACGAUUCAUCGAACUGUGAUCGAGUAAAUGGAGGAUGUUUGAACACAGAUGGCUCUUACAGCUGUACAUGUAACUCUGGAUAUGAAGAAGACACGACCGAUCCCAAUGCUUGCAGUGACGUGAACGAAUGCGACGAUUCAUCGAACUGUGAUCGAGUAAAUGGAGGGUGUUUGAACACAGAUGGCUCUUACAGCUGUACAUGUAACUCUGGAUAUGAAGAAGACACGACCGAUCCCAAUGCUUGCAGUGACGUGAACGAAUGCGACGAUUCAUCGAACUGUGAUCGAGUAAAUGGAGGGUGUUUGAACACAGAUGGCUCUUACAGCUGUACAUGUAACUCUGGAUAUGAAGAAGACACGACCGAUCCCAAUGCUUGCAGUGACGUGAACGAAUGCGACGAUUCAUCGAACUGUGAUCGAGUAAAUGGACGGUGUUUGAACACAGAUGGCUCUUACAGCUGUACAUGUAACUCUGGAUAUGAAGAAGACACGACCGAUCCCAAUGCUUGCAGUGACGUGAACGAAUGCGACGAUUCAUCGAACUGUGAUCGAGUAAAUGGAGGGUGUUUGAACACAGAUGGCUCUUACAGCUGUACAUGUAACUCUGGAUAUGAAGAAGACACGACCGAUCCCAAUGCUUGCAGUGACGUGAACGAAUGCGACGAUUCAUCGAACUGUGAUCGAGUAAAUGGAGGGUGUUUGAACACAGAUGGCUCUUACAGCUGUACAUGUAACUCUGGAUAUGAAGAAGACACGACCGAUCCCAAUGCUUGCAGUGACGUGAACGAAUGCGACGAUUCAUCGAACUGUGAUCAAGUAAAUGGAGGGUGUUUGAACACAGAUGGCUCUUACAGCUGUACAUGUAACACUGGAUAUGAAGAAGACACGACCGAUCCCAAUGCUUGCAGUGACGUGAACGAAUGCGACGAUUCAUCGAACUGUGAUCGAGUAAAUGGAGGGUGUUUGAACACAGAUGGCUCUUACAGCUGUACAUGUAACUCUGGAUAUGAAGAAGACACGACCGAUCCCAAUGCUUGCAGUGACGUGAACGAAUGCGACGAUUCAUCGAACUGUGAUCGAGUAAAUGGAGGGUGUUUGAACACAGAUGGCUCUUACAGCUGUACAUGUAACUCUGGAUAUGAAGAAGACACGACCGAUCCCAAUGCUUGCAGUGACGUGAACGAAUGCGACGAUUCAUCGAACUGUGAUCGAGUAAAUGGAGGGUGUUUGAACACAGAUGGCUCUUACAGCUGUACAUGUAACUCUGGAUAUGAAGAAGACACGACCGAUCCCAAUGCUUGCAGUGACGUGAACGAAUGCGACGAUUCAUCGAACUGUGAUCGAGUAAAUGGAGGGUGUUUGAACACAGAUGGCUCUUACAGCUGUACAUGUAACUCUGGAUAUGAAGAAGACACGACCGAUCCCAAUGCUUGCAGUGACGUGAACGAAUGCGACGAUUCAUCGAACUGUGAUCGAGUAAAUGGAGGGUGUUUGAACACAGAUGGCUCUUACAGCUGUACAUGUAACUCUGGAUAUGAAGAAGACACGACCGAUCCCAAUGCUUGCAGUGACGUGAACGAAUGCGACGAUUCAUCGAACUGUGAUCGAGUAAAUGGAGGGUGUUUGAACACAGAUGGCUCUUACAGCUGUACAUGUAACUCUGGAUAUGAAGAAGACACGACCGAUCCCAAUGCUUGCAGUGACGUGAACGAAUGCGACGAUUCAUCGAACUGUGAUCAAGUAAAUGGAGGGUGUUUGAACACAGAUGGCUCUUACAGCUGUACAUGUAACUCUGGAUAUGAAGAAGACACGACCGAUCCCAAUGCUUGCAGUGACGUGAACGAAUGCGACGAUUCAUCGAACUGUGAUCGAGUAAAUGGAGGGUGUUUGAACACAGAUGGCUCUUACAGCUGUACAUGUAACUCUGGAUAUGAAGAAGACACGACCGAUCCCAAUGCUUGCAGUGACGUGAACGAAUGCGACGAUUCAUCGAACUGUGAUCGAGUAAAUGGAGGGUGUUUGAACACAGAUGGCUCUUACAGCUGUACAUGUAACUCUGGAUAUGAAGAAGACACGACCGAUCCCAAUGCUUGCAGUGACGUGAACGAAUGCGACGAUUCAUCGAACUGUGAUCGAGUAAAUGGAGGGUGUUUGAACACAGAUGGCUCUUACAGCUGUACAUGUAACUCUGGAUAUGAAGAAGACACGACCGAUCCCAAUGCUUGCAGUGACGUGAACGAAUGCGACGAUUCAUCGAACUGUGAUCAAGUAAAUGGAGGGUGUUUGAACACAGAUGGCUCUUACAGCUGUACAUGUAACUCUGGAUAUGAAGAAGACACGACCGAUCCCAAUGCUUGCAGUGACGUGAACGAAUGCGACGAUUCAUCGAACUGUGAUCGAGUAAAUGGAGGGUGUUUGAACACAGAUGGCUCUUACAGCUGUACAUGUAACUCUGGAUAUGAAGAAGACACGACCGAUCCCAAUGCUUGCAGUGACGUGAACGAAUGCGACGAUUCAUCGAACUGUGAUCGAGUAAAUGGAGGGUGUUUGAACACAGAUGGCUCUUACAGCUGUACAUGUAACUCUGGAUAUGAAGAAGACACGACCGAUCCCAAUGCUUGCAGUGACGUGAACGAAUGCGACGAUUCAUCGAACUGUGAUCGAGUAAAUGGAGGGUGUUUGAACACAGAUGGCUCUUACAGCUGUACAUGUAACUCUGGAUAUGAAGAAGACACGACCGAUCCCAAUGCUUGCAGUGACGUGAACGAAUGCGACGAUUCAUCGAACUGUGAUCGAGUAAAUGGAGGGUGUUUGAACACAGAUGGCUCUUACAGCUGUACAUGUAACUCUGGAUAUGAAGAAGACACGACCGAUCCCAAUGCUUGCAGUGACGUGAACGAAUGCGACGAUUCAUCGAACUGUGAUCAAGUAAAUGGAGGGUGUUUGAACACAGAUGGCUCUUACAGCUGUACAUGUAACUCUGGAUAUGAAGAAGACACGACCGAUCCCAAUGCUUGCAGUGACGUGAACGAAUGCGACGAUUCAUCGAACUGUGAUCGAGUAAAUGGAGGGUGUUUGAACACAGAUGGCUCUUACAGCUGUACAUGUAACUCUGGAUAUGAAGAAGACACGACCGAUCCCAAUGCUUGCAGUGACGUGAACGAAUGCGACGAUUCAUCGAACUGUGAUCGAGUAAAUGGAGGGUGUUUGAACACAGAUGGCUCUUACAGCUGUACAUGUAACUCUGGAUAUGAAGAAGACACGACCGAUCCCAAUGCUUGCAGUGACGUGAACGAAUGCGACGAUUCAUCGAACUGUGAUCAAGUAAAUGGAGGGUGUUUGAACACAGAUGGCUCUUACAGCUGUACAUGUAACUCUGGAUAUGAAGAAGACACGACCGAUCCCAAUGCUUGCAGUGACGUGAACGAAUGCGACGAUUCAUCGAACUGUGAUCGAGUAAAUGGAGGGUGUUUGAACACAGAUGGCUCUUACAGCUGUACAUGUAACUCUGGAUAUGAAGAAGACACGACCGAUCCCAAUGCUUGCAGUGACGUGAACGAAUGCGACGAUUCAUCGAACUGUGAUCGAGUAAAUGGAGGGUGUUUGAACACAGAUGGCUCUUACAGCUGUACAUGUAACUCUGGAUAUGAAGAAGACACGACCGAUCCCAAUGCUUGCAGUGACGUGAACGAAUGCGACGAUUCAUCGAACUGUGAUCGAGUAAAUGGAGGGUGUUUGAACACAGAUGGCUCUUACAGCUGUACAUGUAACUCUGGAUAUGAAGAAGACACGACCGAUCCCAAUGCUUGCAGUGACGUGAACGAAUGCGACGAUUCAUCGAACUGUGAUCAAGUAAAUGGAGGGUGUUUGAACACAGAUGGCUCUUACAGCUGUACAUGUAACUCUGGAUAUGAAGAAGACACGACCGAUCCCAAUGCUUGCAGUGAUGUGGACGAAUGCGUCGAUCCAUUGAUCUGUGAUGACGUAAAUGGAGGGUGUACGAACAUAGGCGGCUCCUACACCUGUACAUGUACCACUGGAUAUUUACUAGACGCGAGCGAUGGCCGUACUUGCAAUGAUGUGGACGAAUGCGUCGAUCCAUUGAUCUGUGAUGAUGUAAAUGGAGGGUGUACGAACAUAGGCGGCUCUUACACCUGUACAUGUACCACUGGAUAUUUACUAGACGCGAGCGAUGGCCGUACUUGCAAUGAUGUGGACGAAUGCGCCGAUUCAUCGACCUGUGAUGCCGUCAAUGGAAUGUGUACGAACUCAGUCGGCUCUUACGCCUGUUCAUGUAACUCUGGAUUUUUACUAGACGCCGAUGGCAGUUCGUGCAAUGAUGUGGACGAAUGCGCCGAUUCAUCGACCUGUGAUGCCGUCAAUGAGAUGUGUACGAACUCAGUCGGCUCUUACGCCUGUUCAUGUAAUUCUGGAUUUGAACUAGACGCCGAUGGCAGUUCUUGCUAUGAUGUGGACGAAUGCGCCGAUUCAUCGACCUGUGAUGCCGUAAAUGGAAUGUGUACGAACUCAGUCGGCUCUUACCUCUGUUCAUGUAACUUUGGAUUUGUACUAGACGCCGAUGGCAGUUCUUGCAAUGAUGUGGACGAAUGCGCCGAUUCAUCGACCUGUGAUGCCGUCAAUGGAAUGUGUACGAACUCAGUCGGCUCUUACGCCUGUUCAUGUAACUCUGGAUUUGUACUAGACGCCGAUGGCCGUUCGUGCAAUGAUGUGGACGAAUGCGCCGAUUCAUCGAACUGUGAUGCCGUAAAUGGAAUGUGUACGAACUCAGUCGGCUCUUACGUCUGUUCAUGUAAUUCUGGAUAUGUACUAGACGUCGAUGGCAGUUCUUGCAAUGAUAUUGACGAAUGUGCGAGCGCUCCUUGUUUGCAAGGAGGACGUUGCGCUGAUGAAGUAAACUCAUAUACUUGUACUUGUGCUGAUGGCUAUACUGGGACUAGGUGUGAAACAGAUAUCGACGAGUGUGCUCUUGAGCCUUGUAUGCAUGGAGGAACUUGUACUGACGGAGUAAACAGCUAUACUUGUGCCUGCGUACUGGGCUAUACUGGAAGUAGUUGCGAAACAGAUAUUGAUGAAUGUGCUAGCAAUCCAUGUAUGAAUGGAGGAAGUUGCGCUGAUGAAGUCAACUACUUCACUUGUGCUUGUGUUAAUGGCUCUAUUGGGACUUUGUGUGGAACAACUGAGUGUGGCGAUGGAACUGUUUGUCAUAAUGGCGGAUCAUGCACAAACCCCGGACCGUGUGAUUGUGUAACCGGUUUUAACGGUACUAUGUGCGAGACUGAUAUUGAUUACUGUUCUACUACUCCCUGUAUGAAUGGUGGAAUUUGUAUUGAUGAAGUGAACAACUUUACUUGUAACUGUGCUGCUGGAUAUAAAGGAGAUACAUGUCAAACAGUUCUGUGCGAUCUAUCGAAUUGCCAAAAUGGUGGGACAUGUACCCCUUUUGGACAGCCUUGUAAUUGCCCACCUGGUUUUACGGGAGACCUUUGCGAGAAUGCUCCUCAAGGAUUGUCAAAUGGAGCCAUCAUUGUUCUUGCUUUGGGAAUAUUCGGUUUUGUUCUCGUCUUUUUAAGCUUGGUUUGCUUCGUUUUCGUUCAAGGUUUUAGACGAAAUCAAGCAAUGAAACCAAUGCUCGCUGAGGCGCAGUAUGACUAUUCAAUUUGCCGAAACAGAGGUGUCUACGUAAACGAAUCUUUGAAGGGUUCUAGGGACUACGAGUCCAUUCAAGAACGCCGGUAUGCUGUUGGCCAAGCAUUGGAUCGACUGAGAGAAACUAAUGCUCUGAACAACAGUGUGGAUCAAUUUCUAGUCCAUUAUUGAUCACCAAGAAAUAACCUACGGAUUAAGAAGGAAUAUGACAACGGAAUUCGGAUGAAAAGAAUAUAGUGAAUUAGUUGAAUACUUAUAAUAGAACGAUUGGUUCUCUGUUAAAUAGGCUAACGGUUGACUGAUUGAAUUGAUGUAAUCAUGCUAAAACUCACAUCAGCUAGUCUCUGUUAGAAACAUAUAACUAAUGAAAUAAAAAUCAAUUUAAAUAUAAAUACAUAAAAAAAAAUUAAUAUAAUUUACUGUAUCUGUGAGUGUAUAAUGGCUGCAAUAUUAAUCUAAAAAGCGUUCUAUAUCAUCAUUCAUAUAUUAUUCAUCAAGUAACUGAUAUUCAUUUUCUCCAAAUAUAUGGAAACACAUGAUCCAUAAACUAUAAUCUAAAGAUCUGAUUUCUACAUCAUGCUUUUAGUGUAGCCAAAUUUCAAGUGUUUGGAAUAGUACAAAUCUAUUUUUAUAUAGUUAAAGUUCAAAUGCU